AUGGCCAUGUAUGAGCCGCCUCCACCCAGGCAGAAACAGACCAAUAUCACCCGUACCCGCUCGGGCUGCAAGGAAUGUAGAAAGCGCCACGUCAAGUGUGAUGAAGGAAAGCCUGCGUGUGGAGCAUGCGUACGCAGGAAUAAGACAUGCGAAGCAUGGGAGGCAGGCUACCACUUUCGCAAUGUCUCUCUAUCAAGCGAGACCAUGGCGGUCGCUCUCAAUUCGGCCAAACCACGAAAGGUGGUCUGGAAAGAGCUUCGAAUAAAGUCCGAGUCCCCAAAUAAGAGACAGUGGCCUGCACCUCGCAAAAGGCAUGAUAAACGCGAAGAGUCGAUCGCAAAUGAGCAUGCGAGCCUUAAGAGCAUACCACCGGUGGGCGCUUUAUCCCAAUCUUCGUCGCCUUCAAGUUCCACCUCCUCGCCAACACCUUCCCUGACAAAUUUCGACAUUGUGAGAUCUUUGAACCGCUCUGAGAAUGAGACAUUCUACUUAACUCACUGGGAUUCCUCAUGUUCGGGCGCCUUGGAUCAUUUCUUUCAGGAGAUGACAUUCAUCAAUGAUAACUGCCUCCCUUUGAAACAUGCUAUCCUGGCGUUAUCGGCGUGCAAUAUGAGUCGACUUUGGCCUGAGAAUGGCUCAUCCCUCUCCGCGCCAAAUUCGUUUAGACCCCAUGGGCAUCACCAAACUGCUGGCCAGUCAUAUUAUACCUCUGCUGUGAGUCAGGUUGCCAGAAUCAUCAGCAACCUCAACCAACAAAGCCCAAUUUAUACUCUUGCGGUCCUGGUGAUCUUCUGCUACAUUGAAGCUUCGAUGGGGACCUUCACUGGAUUUGCCUGCCAUGCAGACGGUAUUGAAACAUUCUUCCAGAUUAACUGCGUGGUUCUCUCAACGGACAUCGGUCACCGUCUAUAUGGGGCCUACUUACUCUCGAAGUAUCAGAACUGGUGGCGAAGACAAAAUUUCACCUCAUUUUACUUACAACGCAACCAACCGUCGUUGAGGUUGUCUGAAGAUAUUGUGGACAUCCUCCGCUCCAUUGAUGCCAAAAGGGCCCUAAUGACAUCGAUCUUGUGUGAGUUGUAUCGUCUCAACACAAUAGGUCUUCUCCAGAUAUGGGAAAGCCGUCAUAAAGAGCUAGAUGUAUCGAUCGAUAGCCUGCUACUUUCCUUGGACAUUGAAUCUAAGAGGCUCGAUGACUGGGAAGCAAAGCUCUCACCAGGAGACCUCCCAAGUGAAUCUCCAACCAGCUUCGAGAUAGCUGGAGAUGGCCAUCACAGUGUGUUAGUGUUUGGUUCUCAUUGGGCCGCAAUGAACUACGCCUACUAUAUUGCCGCUCGAAUCAUGCAUUGCCUCGAGCCUCAUCCAGGAACGGAGGAAAUUAUCCGUCACUGGAUGACAAUAUUAGUCCGUUUAGUGGCUGGCCUUGAUACGCAGGAAUGCAUUUCAAAGAAUGUCUAUUCAAUCGGAAUAUCGAGUCUACUUAUGGCUUGCGUGCUUCGAUGCCAAGAUAUCUCUAUCGGGAGAUGGGUGGAGAACUGGCUUCGGGCACUAUAUCAGCGGACAAUACUGGAGGAAGGAAGUUUUCCAGUUGCGCAGGCCCUCGCGACUGUAACGCUCAUCAACAAGGAGAGACAACUUGGAAACGAAGUAUAUGCCAUUGGUUUGCCAGAGGAUGACGGGGGAGGCUCAGGGAAAUAUUCUUCAUAUAACAGUCAGCUUCUGCGUGGUGUCCUAAUCAAAGGCAAAAAGAGGGAGACGAAAGAGUUCUUCAGCGUAUAUAGAGAUCUCAAGCUGAACAUCUCAAGUCGAUAA